UUACAACCAGUCAGUCACGCGCGCACCUGUUGAAGAGUCAGUCACGGGGACAGCACCGCGCUAUAUACCCCAGGAGGCCCGCGCGCGACACGUGCUCUCACACACCGCGCGCUACACUUGUGCGCUAACACCACGCCACGAGCUUGCUAGCUAGCUGCUGGUGGUGGUGGUGUUGUAACUUUUCUAUUUACCGACAAUGUUACCUGGACUGUGCAGUGAGGACUCCCGAACGGGGGUCACGGGACGCUAUGUGUUCGGUUCCCUGCGCGUCCACGACAACUCUGCCACCCCGUAUUCUGACGCCACACAGACAAAGAAGCACCCACCUAACCACGUGAAGCGGCCCAUGAACGCCUUCAUGGUGUGGUCACAGCUGGAGCGCCGGCUCAUAGUCUCCCAGACGCCUGAUAUGCAUAACGCAGAGAUUUCCAAACAGCUGGGGCGCCGCUGGAAGCUCCUGACGGAGGAGCAGCGGAAACCUUACCGGGAAGAGGCCCAGCGGCUCAAGAUCCUCCAUCGUCUGGAAUACCCAGACUACAAGUACCGCCCGAGGAAGAAGAACUCGCGGAGUUGCCAGCCGCCCUCGCUCUCAUCAGCUGGGAGAAGCGGCGAUGCCCUGAGGGGCGUGGCGGCUGGCGGCGGUGGGCGGGUCUGUAAAUCGAGGUCUUCGGCGACUUCUCAUUCGCUUCCAGCCAACGCCGUCACUGUCAGUAAGAUGAGAGAAUGUCUUCUUGGUUCCAGUCUUAGAAAUCUGGCAAGGAUAGGUACUCCUGAGAGGUCUCCCGCAGCCCCACAGGAAGACCAAACUGGUCUGCCACUCCACAACACCCAACAGCCUUCCAGCCCUCACGACUUUCCGGACUCUCCAGAGAGUGCCAGCACCUUCGAAGAACGUUCCUCGCACGUCUUCAGCUGGGAUGCGAAGUUCGAACAUUCUUCCAGUCAGUUAUGCCUCCAAAUUGGGGCAGCUGAAGUAGCAUUCUCUUGGCCGGAUGAUCUUUUGAGCGCUUCUGUUGUAACUAAAGAAGUCUGUGAACCGAUUUCAGAAGAUCCACCAACUCUUGCCGAUUUAGAUAAUAUUGGAAUGAAGGAUUUGGUACCGCUGUCACCGGAUCUUUCCUUCGAUUUCCAUAAUCUGAGCUCGGACAUCGACCUGUGGGCGAACACUGACUGCGAGGCGCCAGAGCUCUCUACACAGCGAGAGUUGGCCACACCGCCGACACCAUCGGGCUUCGGCGGAUACGACGGAUCUCAACCAGCCUGGGACGACGGCAUCGAUUCUUUAGUUGAAAGUUUACAGAUUUCUUACCAACCUCUUCAGAUAGAAAAUUUAUCUCCGGCCUCGUCGUCGGCUUGGCUUCGUCCUGCUCUAGAGGCAUCUUACUCCCUGGGAGACCCGACAAGAUGAGCGUCGUCUCCCUGUUAUUUGCUCACACUUUUGCUCUUUGGCGAGCUGGACUCUGCCGCUUCACCGACCCUCCGAGCACUUACGGUACACUGUAACAAAACCAUUGGAUCACCGGCUCAACGAACUGCGUGAGGAAGCACGGAGGACGAGCAUCACCGGAUGAUAAUGAUCUCAAACUUUGACCAAACUCUUGAAAAUAUGUGAUUUACGUCUUCACGCAGCAAUAUUUUCCUUCUGGACAAAGAAGAAAGACGUAUUUCUUCCGUCGUGUUGGUCCAGCAGUCGAAUACUGUUUGUGAGCACGCCUCAGUCUCCCUCUCUCUCCUCCCUAGAGCAGCGACGUCCUCAGGGUGUUCCAGCAUGCCGGCCACUCGUUCUCAAAACUGCUGUGAUAAAAUGUGGAAUUCUAGUCUUUCCACUGGGUGCAGUACUCUGCUCUUGGUGUACCUGUGGAGCAAGACGCUCUUGGUGGAAGAUGGGUGCGGAGUUGUCAGUCAACCUUGUGAGGAGGAACACGUCACUUGUUAUAUUAAGAUGGUUCCCCUCAACAGAUAUUAAAACCUAGCUGAUCUAAUCACUAAGCUAAGCUAAGCUUUCCUGAUCUAACAAACCUAACCUUCCUGAUAUAACCCUACCCAACCAAAUCUACCUGAUCUAACUACAAGCUAACCUAACCUAUCCCAGCAAAACCUAUCCUAACUUUGCCAAUUCUAGUGAUUCACAUAGAAGUUCCUAAAUUAGAAAAAAAACUGGAAAACAAAAUCCCAUGUGUAGGAUUUAAACCGCAUUUCCAUCUGAGGUCUGACUGUCAACACAAUCUGAUUUCAGAGACGAAAGAACUAUACCAUAAGUAAGAUGGUGUCAAUCUGAGUGUCACAAAGGAUCCAAAGAUACUCAGGUAACCACAGGUGAGCAAGAAUGUGCACUACCCGAAAAUUUUGUAUGCCUUUAAUGUUGUUUUAAAUUGAUAUUGAACAGGUUUUCAAUGCGUGCUCAACUCUGAACGACCAAAUGUUUUUUUGUUCACUUUGCGUAAUGUACUGCAGAGCGAGCAUGUUGAACCCGCUUAUGUGUUGUGAGUUUGAUAACAAUUGUCAUGAAAGAGUAUUUUGCUGCCGUGUGUAAAUAACAUUAGAGAUGCCUUAGGAUCAACCACGCUAUGGAAAAAAAAUAAACGUGAAAUGACCCAAUAUUUGGCUGGAAACAAAGUUGAAGCGCUCCACCAAAUUUUGACAAACCCCAAAAACGUAAAACACACACACACACACAGUUAGGGUAGGGUUAGUUGGGAGGGCGCCUGGUGGCUGAGUGGACGGGACGCUGGAUACCUAGUCCUGUGGACCGGGGUGCGACACCUGGCUCAGACGG